AUGCGUGGACAAGGCCUUUUUUCGAUUUCAUCUAUACAAUUAUUUGUUUAUUUGAUUGCUCCAUUAGCCGAUAUGGUAUCGGAAGAGGAUAUAGCUAGCAAUAUACGACUUGAGAGUGGUCUGAAAAUUUGGCAAGCUCUCUGGCAGUACCGUCAACCGGACGUAUGGUGUUUCACAGCACCGGUCAAGCCACGGCGAGAUGAGCUCCCUCAAGUGAUGUUCCUACGACGGCCAACCGCCACAUCGAUCCCCCAAAGUCAAGGAAUCUACUUGGGAGAAGAGGAGAAACCUCGCCGGUUAUCAAUUGUUCCGCCACCGAAACCACCACGAACUGAUCGAGCCGUUCUGGACGAGAAACGCCGACGUGAGCUCGAGAAACAACGCGAAAAGGAGCGGAAAGCCGAAUGUACCGGGAACGGGAGCGCGGCUACGUUGCUAGAGCAACCCUCGACUUCGCAACCGCUGACGGACGUUCACGAUCAGUUACCAUCACCUUCAACAAGUGCCCCAUGUAUAGUUCGAAGUGUUAGUGAAUACAAAACCGGUGAAUCGAUGAAUCAAGCCCGGGAUCGAAUAGCUAAGAGCAAUACAACCAACGCCUUCGAUAUGAGUCCUACCUCCGAGAGCUCCUUACAGAUGUUAGAUGAAGUCGACACAGCGUUGAAGAUAACAACUCACUUGUCCGGCGUAUUUUGCCCUAGUGAUGCUCCACUGGUGAAUCUCCAUGAUAUUUGUAGCGGUUACUCAUUAGAAACCAGUGAAAACGGCUACGAAUCCACCAGCGUUGAGGUGAUCUGCGAUCUUUGUCAUAAAAGCCGAUUUUUCGUGAUCGGUUACGACCGAGUGGCUGCCAAUGCAAAGAAGCCGGCACUAUCUGGUUCGGGACCGUCAACAUCGUUCAGAACAGCAGAUGUUACUGGAAGUACUGACGAUGACCUGGAAGAUAGCUGUCAACCGGAUCCGAUG